AGUAGUAUAGUACUAGUACGUACAUUAGAUUUCAUUUUCUUGCACUCCAAUCGAGAGCCCUGGCUCCCACCACAAUCAUGCUCGUAUCAUCAUUUCAGUGGGUUCAAAGAAUUUGUUCGAGGUUGUCAACGUAAUAUACGGUCAGUAACAACAAGGCACCAAGAGCCCACCAAGGCAUAAAACGUCGAGGAAAACAACAACAACGAGGCACUAAGACUUCAUUAUUGCCUGCAACAAGAAGUGGAUGUAACCCAUAUAUGUCUGCCACGCAAACACAACACAGUAGUAUUUCUAUUUGCAACGAGAAGCGGAACCCAAAACAAAACACGGGUCCGCCCGCAGAAGCAUUUCUCAAAGAAAAGUGGGUGAGAACGCGAAGUUUGGCAGAGAGCGUUUAUGCGGAAUGGAGGGUCAGUCCAGUCACGAAAAAGUUUCUAGGCCAAGCCCAACAAUGUGAUAUGGGCCGAGCGUUGACUAUCUUUCCCUGGACUCGAGACGACAAUUAAUUAUCUCAUUCAAAAGCCGUCAAAUGUCGAAACAGCUGGUGGUGCGUCCUUUUCGAGCCUGGACAAAGAAAGCAGCUGCUGGUGGUGGUGAGCCAUUCCGUACUGCACUGGUGGUUGAGCUAUAUUUUUCAGGAAUGGUCCAAAGGCCGCCGCUAAGGGAAUAGGAGGAAUUAGUACCAGUUGAAAUGCAAUCGAUGAAAAGACGUGAAUCGGUCAAAUGGUCUCAGAUAUAUGAUUUACUAUCAACAAACAACAGCAGGCGAAUCGAUUUGGGAAUUUGGCUGCAAAAUGCAAUCUCAUAUGGACAGAUCAAAAGACGAAAAGUUUCAUGAUUUAACACGCGCUACGGGCUACUUAAUUGACAGUUUUCAACAGGUGUGAGGUUAGUUCUGCGUCCGAUUAAAACCUGUAUGUAUGAGUUGUUCAUCUUACUUGCCAGUUACCACUGGAUUGGAUCCUUUUUUUUUUUUCACUGCGGGUAUUCGGAUCUACACCUGGCUAAUCCUACAGCGCUCCAAUAGAGCAGAUCCAAUCGAUGCUAAAGAAGAUAACAACUGGAUUGCUGCUCGAGAUCGAACCCAGAUAGAACUCACCUAAAGAGGCUACUUUCACCUGCAGACCAACCCAGCGCGGCAGGCGGGAUUGGCAUCCAAUGGGGACGAUUUAGUGGUUGUAGACUGGUACUAGUGCUACUAGUAUCAUUUAUUGCUGAAAGGCAGGGGGGUUGCUGGGUAGGUUUUGAGUUUUGAUGACAUAAAAUAAAGUCAUGCAUGCUGCUGCUGCAUAUAUACAAAACGCGUUACCGUCUCUUUUCAAGUCUUAAGGGUUGCGUCAGGACUUGUUAUAUUCAUCAAAAUUAAAUACAACCAACAAUAGCAGAACCACGUAGGAAUGAGAUAAGGUAAUUGGGCCGGGACUGACAAAAAAAGGAUAAGAAUCUCGCACCAUUAAGAUAAUUUAGUAUCCGCUAGAUAUUACCGCGGUAAUAACUGUAACGGUCGAAAAAAAUUCGUCUGUCAUAUUCGUAAAACGUGUAAGUGAUUUAUUGUUGCAUUGCACCACCGGCGAGAGGAAAAUUGGGUGGUCGUAGAAUCGAACGAGAACUCUCUAGGAAUUUCCGAAAAAAAAAAAACAAAAAAUUUGGUCCAAAUGGCAACCAUGUUGACACGUGUCCCCAUCACUGCCCCAUUCCAGUGCCAUAAUAAAUUGAGUCUGGUGAAGACACUCGACAAAAACAGAGUGCUUGAAGAAUUCUGUGCUAUCUCACCAGUUGGGACGCGGGGAAGUUUCGGGAGGCGCCUUCGGAUAGCUGCAAUGGCCGAUUUUAACAAAAGCACUGUUCUUGUCACCGGGGCUGGUGGUAGAACCGGACAAAUUGUUUAUAAGAAAUUGAAGGAGAGGUCAGACCAGUAUAUCGCCAGAGGUUUAGUUAGGACUCAGGAGAGCAAGGAGAAAAUUGGGGGAGCGGAUGAUGUUUAUGUUGGGGAUAUUAGGAAUUUUGACGCCAUUGUACCUCCUAUACAGGGUAUCGAUGCACUUAUUAUUUUGACGAGUGCUGUGCCCAAAAUGAAACCAGGUUUUGAUCCAACCAAAGGUGGAAGACCCGAAUUCUAUUUUGAAGAUGGAGCUUAUCCUGAACAGGUUGACUGGAUCGGACAAAAGAAUCAAAUUGAUGCAGCUAAAGCUGCCGGAGUGAAGCACAUUGUACUCGUUGGGUCAAUGGGAGGAACAAAUCCUAAUCACCCACUGAACAGCUUAGGGAAUGGGAACAUACUGAUAUGGAAGAGAACGGCUGAACAAUACCUGGCAGAUUCGGGGAUCCCAUACACCAUUAUAAGAGCUGGUGGCUUGCAAGACAAAGAAGGUGGUGUGAGGGAGCUACUUAUUGGCAAGGAUGAUGAGCUACUUCAGUUGGAAACAAGAACCCUUCCCAGGGCUGACGUUGCUGAAGUCAGCAUUCAGGCUGUACAGUUUGAGGAGGCGAAAAAUAAGGCAUUUGAUCUGGCCUCAAAGCCCGAGGGGACUGCCGCACCUACAAAGGAUUUCAAGGCUUUAUUCUCCCAAGUCACUACUCGCUUUUGAUGCAUUAGUGUGAAAAUCUAUAUGACUCUGGUUGUAUAUUUGUGACGGAUUAAAGUUCAGCAGUUAAGCGUGCGAGUUGCUAUUCAAACUACAACUGACGCUCCCAACUGGGCUAUCAAUAUAAGAAAUGCAGCUGGAAUAUCGAUUGGCUUGUCAUGUUAACG